AUGACGAGAAAAAAAAGUGAAGAGUUACAAACAUCACGUCACAUCAUCCUUACCGAUCGAUUCCGCGCUUUUGCUACAGCCGCUCUCAACAACACCACAACGAUAUCGGCAGCCUUUUCGCGGCAAGACCACCGCCGCGCCUCCCGUCCCACCAGAUUCACGAUGCAACCCAACACAACUCUGACACUCUACCUCCAGCCAGCCCCGAUGACGCUCAACCACCGCAUUUUUGGACUGUCGUCCAUCCUUCGCACACGGACUAUCACUAGCAGCUACUACCGUGGGGCUCAUGGCAUAAUUGUUGUUUAUGAUGUCACUGGCCAAGAGAGCUUCAACAAUGUUAAGCAGUGGCUGAAUGAAAUUGACCGCUAUGCAAGUGAAAAUGUUAACAAGCUUCUAGUUGGAAACAAGAGUGAUCUAACUGAUAAUAAAGUUGUGUCCUCUGAAACAGCAAAGGCAUUUGCAGAUGAAAUUGGAAUUCCUUUCAUGGAAACUAGUGCUAAAAAUGCCAACAACGUGGAACAGGCUUUCAUGGCCAUGGCUGCUGAAAUAAAAAACAGAAUGGCUAGUCAACCAUCAAACAAUGCCAGAUCUCCAACAGUUCAUUUCGAGAUUGGGUGGUGCCUCUGUUACAGCGGCUGGAUUUCCACCUCAGAACAACAAUGUACUGAUAGUUACAACUUCUUCAAAUCAAGUGUAUGCAUUUGA